CUUAAAGCAGCCCUCUCUCUAUCUCCAAGGCUUGAUCAACAGAGAGACUCCAGUUGAUGGAUCUUGGCAACAACCAGAGGAAAGCAAGUCUUCAAGAUGCCUACUCAGUUGCUGGGAACGUUUGAAUGAAAUGCUUCUACUGAUCACCAUGGAGAAGAUCUUUCAAGACAGAGCCAGCAUAUAGAACCCAUCAGAUCUCCAUCCAGGGGGUGGGUGGGUGGAGAAGCUUGGAUCAACAACUUUCACAAUUUGUAGGCGAAACAUACAGGUCCAUUGUUUUCCUGGAAACAUCCCCCCAAAGUGGGGCCACCUCCCCUGGAGAGAGCCCCUAUGGAGGAGGUAGCCACCAAUGUCACCUUUUGCACCACUGAUAUGGUUUUCAAGCAAGCCAAUGCUUCUACUUGUUGGCCAAGCAUGACGGGAGCUGGACCAGAGACAGUGAUUAUCCCCGUGCUGUUUGGACUGAUCUUUCUACUGGGGAUGGUGGGGAACACACUGGUGCUGGUGGUGCUUGGCCGUCUCCCACCAGGUGGACGCCCAUCCCGCAGUGCCACCAACAUUUUCAUCCUCAACUUGAGCAUUGCAGACUUCUCCUUCCUUCUCUUCUGUGUCCCAUUCCAGGCCACCAUCUACUCCCUGCCAGAGUGGAUCUUUGGAGCCUUUUUCUGUAAGUGGGUGCACUAUCUCGUCAUGGCCACCAUGCUUGUCAGCAUCUUCACCUUGGUGGCCAUGUCAGUGGACCGGUACAUUGCUGUGGUGCACGCCAAGCGCUCCCUGUGCAUUCGGAGCAAACGUAAUGCCACUCUUGGGGUGGGCGCCAUCUGGUUCCUCUCUCUCCUCUUUGCCAUCCCGGUGGCUGAGCACCAGGAACUUUUAAGCGGGCACCAGCAGGCACCCAACAGCUCCUUCUGCUGGGAACACUGGCCUGGCAAUCCAGGAGCCAAGCAGAUAUACAAGGUGACCAUCUUCGUGGUGGGUUAUCUGCUACCUCUGGUGCUCAUCACAUGCUGCUACACCAAGGUUUUAUAUCACCUUCAUAAAAAAGUGAAGAAUAUUUCCAGGAAGUCAGAAAGAUCAAAGAGAAAGACGGCCCAGACCGUCCUGCUGGUUGUUGCCGUCUUUCUGAUCUCCUGGCUCCCCCACCACAUCAUCACAAUGUGGGCAGAAUUUGGGCAGUUCCCCCUGAACAAUAUCUCCUUCACCUUCCGCAUCAUCUCCCAUUGCUUGGCCUACGGGAACUCCUGCAUCAACCCCAUCAUCUACGCUUUCCUCUCGGAGAAUUUCCGCAAUGCCUGCCGUCAAGUCUUCACGUGCAAGUUCCUCCUUCAGCCAGCCCCUGCUGACAAGCUGGUGAGAGUUCGCAUGGAGAAUUUCUCCACUACUCACUCCACAACCAAUGUAUAAAAGGGAAGACUUGAAGUAGGACAGGAAGAACAGCAAAUGGGCGACUAUACAAAAAUGUUCAGAAAUGGUUCAUCUUGGAAAAGCUGGCCUGAACAUUCGUUAUGUUCACCAAGGCGAUAUUACCCAGCUCUCUUUUUUACCCAUCCAUCAUAUUUACUAUGGGUGAUAUUAUUCAUGAGUCAUGUUCGUCAUAAUUAAGUGACCCAUGUCUCAUAUUUACAUGGCUAUUUGACCCAUCUCUGAUGUUCACCAUGGUGAUAUUACCCAUCCACCAUGGGUAAUAUGUUCACCAGGGUUCGCCAGCGUUCUAUUACCCAUCUCUGAUGUUUACCGUAGUUAUAUUAUCCAUUUAUGAUGUUCAACAUGGUUAUAUUGCCCAUCUCUCAUCUUCACCAUGGUUAUAUUUCCUAUCCAUCAUGCACACCAUGGUUAUGUUACCCAUUCUUUGUUGGCACCACUUUGACUUUUUCAGCACUAGUCCAUUCAUGGCUUAGGAGAGACAAUGAGUGUUUCUCAUAAUGCCUAAAGGGAAAGUUCCAAUUUUCUGGAAGGUACAAAUUUUUAUUUGCUGCUUGCUACUGAAAAAGGCAGUGAAAAGGAGACACCAGUACAGCAAGCUGUCUCAAGUAUUGCUGCUACCAAGCCCUAACCUUUCAACUCGCAGAAAGCAUUUCGAUGUUUAGUGUGACAGUUGGUGCUUUGUGUGUAGGUCUCAAGAAGUUUGUGCCAAAGCAAAAACCCUCAGUGCAUUAUGCAAGGUUGCAAAAUUUAUCUUCCUUGGUAAAAUUGAUUUCACCCUUCUUAGUGAUAUGUGUUAAUUUAUUCUUCGGUUGUGGAAAGCAAAAGGAUGGGCAAUCGGCAACUUUUUUUUUUGCUGACUAUCUGAAAUUCUUUCGGCCAUCUCUCUUUUCUUUGCCUGAACAUUUUCAAAGAUUUCUUUGCAACCAGAAGAUCUAGAAACAUUAAGGAGCAUUGUAGGUUCAGGAAUAGUGUAGUCCCAAGCUAACUUAAAUUGGAAAAAGUACAUUAUGUUGUUUUUAUUGUGAAAGAAAUAACUUUUACUUACUGCUUUCUAAUUUGCAACUAUCCUCUCUCUCUGUCUCUCUCUAUUCAUUGGAAUAUAAACAAAAUAUAGAGAAACACCCUCAAUAAAAGAGGCACUGCAGGGUACUCUGAAAUUAGGAACUGCUGGAAAUCUGUCAAUUUAUGCAGCACAAAGGACACAAUUUGAGGUUUUCCACACCAAAUGCAGUCCCUCCAUGCCCUGAAAGUGGUCUAUCCAGUAGCCCUUCAAAAGCUGGGCAGCUGCUACCUUGAUGUGUGGAGCACAAU